UCUACGCUCAACCGAACGCAGAAUGUAUUGUUAUGUGAAUUCAACAUGAGUGGGGGUCUAGCACCGAGCAAAAGCACUGUUUAUGUGUCCAACCUGCCAUUCUCUCUCACAAACAAUGACCUUCACAAGCUCUUCACCAAAUAUGGAAAAGUGGUCAAGGUUACAAUUGUGAAAGAUAAAGACACACACAAAAGCAAAGGCGUAGCAUUCGUUCUAUUCCUGGACAGAGAAUCGGCUCAUAACUGUGCGAGAGCGGUGAACAACAAGCAGUUGUUUGGCAGAACUGUGAAAGCGAGCAUUGCAAUAGACAAUGGACGGGCAGCUGAGUUUAUAAGGAGGCGCAACUACACAGACAAAAGCAGGUGUUAUGAAUGUGGGGAUAUAGGACAUAUGAGCUAUGCGUGCCCCAAAAAUAUGUUGGGAGAGAGGGAACCCCCAAAGAAGAAAGAAAAGAAAAAGAAGAAAAAAGAUCAACAACCAGAACAUGUCGAAGAAGAAGAACUACAAAGUGAGGAGGAAGGAGAAGAUCCAGCUCUUGAUAGUCUUAGUCAAGCCAUAGCUUUUCAGCAAGCACGAAUUGAGGAAGAAGAGCAGCGAAGAAAUCACACUGUUGUGGCCCAGGAUGGCAACGCUCAUCCUUCUACGUCUGCAGACUCCAGGAAACCGAGGAUCAAGAAAAGUGCGUACUUCAGCGACGAGGAGGAGCUUAGUGACUAAAGUGGACACAAUUUGGAUGUCCUAAGCAGCCCUUUUGAUAUAGUUUAACAUGUUGUGUUACAGUUUUAACGGCUUUUUCUUUUAUCUUGGAAUAAUUUUGGAAUAUUCAGUUGUAAUAUUGUAAAUAAAAUAACGUGUAUUGUAACGCCUGCAUUCCUGUCUU